AUGACUUCAUUGGAAAGAUCAGAAAUGACGUCAUUACAACCAUCAGAUAACUCUAUUCGUGGUCUUUGGAGGCAGUUCAGGGAUUCCUCAUCUUUACACGGACUCUCCCACAUCUCAAAGGAAAGAACUUUUGUUCGAGGGAUAAUCUGGUUUAUUCUCGUGAUAGUCAUGGGGAUUUCGCUGACAUUAACUUUGUAUAACCUCAAGCUGGAAUAUUUCUCAUACCCAACGUUGACAAUUUUAAACAUCAAAAUGGAGGAAGAGAUAACUUUUCCCGCUGUAACUGUAUGUAAUAUUAGUCCAUACAAAAUGUCAAAGUUAAAUCCCGACGAGGCCACAAUGGAUUAUUUAGAGAGAGGCAGUAAUAUUGGAUCUUUUGUUCCACCAUUGAAUUUCAGUGAUCCCAAGUAUUUACCGUUAUAUGAGAACGGUACCGAAGAUUGGUUGGUUAACAUUAGUUACAGUGUAAGUGACAUGUUUAUUGCAUGUAAAUGGAAAGAAAUGGUAUACUUCGAUUGUACCAAGUUGUUCACUCCGUAUAAGACUGAGUGGGGACUAUGCUUCUCCUUCAAUGGUCUUGAUACGAGGGAACCCAGAAGAACACAUUACACUGGAAGCAUUCUGGGAUUGACGAUGUACUUGCAUAUCAAUCAAAGUGACUAUGUCUUCGCUAGAAACAUGGGAGCAGGAAUUAAGUUAGUGAUCCACGAUCACAAUGAGGAGCCAAACAUCAUGAAUUCUGGAUUCUUGAUUUCUCCAGGAUUCACAACCUACAUGCCUUUGGAGAUGACAAAGUACAAAUUCCUUCCCCAUCCUUUCAAGGCAUUUGGGAAUGAAUACUGCGAAGAUGUUGAUAAAGCUGGAUUUAUCAACAAUUUGAAUCACCAUAGACUGUAUAGUUACAGUGGUUGUCUGCGGGAAUGCAAAGAAAAGUUUGCUUUCCAGAAAUGUUCAUGUCGUAGUCAUCAUGAUUUAGGACAAUUGGAACCAAUAUGCUCUAUCGAGAGAGAUUAUCACUGUCACAAGCCAGCAAGGGAAGAGUUUGAUGGAAACUUGACACUCCAGAUUGAGUGUGGUUGUCCGAUUCCUUGUUCAAAUAUUGAGUAUAAAACACACAUAUCAAGUGCUUAUUUCCCGGCCAAUUUGUACGAGGAUUGGAUCAAAGCUACAUUCGGGUACACUGACAUACGAGAAAACAUCAUGGAAGUGAGGAUAUAUUAUGAAAUUCUGGUAUAUAAAAGCUUUGAGAAAAUUCAGAAAAUCACAUACAUUGAAAUUCUGGGAACAAUAGGAGGACAGAUGGGUGUUUUCCUGGGAGCCAGCCUACUGACGCUCUCCGAGCUCAUAGAAGUCUUGUUCCUGUCUAUCAUUGUUUUGUGUAAGAAAGCACUCCGUCCUGCAAGACUAGCUCCCUCUCCUGCUCCCGGUACAUCCAGGAAAUCUCCAUUAAGCAUCAGCAAUCUUGGUGGCUACAUGGGUAUAUUCCUUGGAGCUAGUAUUCUAAGUUUAGUCGAGUUAUCUCAGGUCAUCCUACAGGCAGUUAAGCACACAAUCACAGUGAUAAUAAAGAGAAAAAAGAAAGCGGAUAACCCAAAAGAUGACAUAUAUGUUGUCAUGGAAUAA